ACGUAUAUAUGAGAACCUAACUAAAGUCUAAACUUCGAGAACGUAACUACCUAAAGAAUAACAAAAUAAAAUAAAUGUAUAUUAAUUAUAUAGCUACCUACAAAACCAAUUACUUAAAGUAACCUAAAAAAUAAUAUUGACUGUCACUGAAUUUACAAUUUACUGCUGGUUUAAAGCAGCAACUAUUGAGAUUUGGGUGUGAUGUAAUGUAAAGCUAAAAUGCGAAUAGGUUGGAUUUAUAAACUCGUAAAUCAUUUCCCUGGAAAGAAAACUUUAGGCUUAUACAGGUUCCUGCCAAUAUUUUUUGUGUUUGGAGGUGCUUUGGAAUUUUCUAUGAUUAACUGGAAAGUUGGAGACAUAAAUUUCUAUAAUACAUUUAAAAGGCGACAGGCUAAAACUAUUGUUGAGGAGAAAAUCGAAAAAUAUUCGGUGCAAUAA